AAUAUUCUGUCAAACUUACAACAAACUUCAAAAACUGGGCAAAAGCGUCGCGGAACAAAUUCUUUUAUCGUGACUUUUUCUGGCCAAGAAAGUGAAAAGUACAUCUUGGAGCACCUAUUUCACCACCCCGAGUAUAUCUUGAGGGAUUAGUGAGUGUAUUUGGAUAACAGACGAACUGGGGGCACGUGAAGAAGUGCUUGAAAGCAAUGGAAGAAAUUCGCACAAACAUCGAUAAGAUUUUUGAUCAGCUCCUGAUGGACACUCCAACCAUUCCUGUGCCCAAAAAGUUGAGUUUUGACUGCCUCGGUGAUUCCUUCGAGGAGAAAUAUCCGGCAAAGAGAAAAAUCCCAUCGAGAGAUUCCCUCUCGGAGAAGAAUUGUGAGAAGAGACGUCGCGAUGAGUCCCCCAAUUCGAGUGUUGGUAGUGCUAACAAUUCCAUCGCAGCAGCUCCAUCGAGCCCGUGGGAGAUGAAAAUGCUGAAGGCGGAUUUGAUGGUGGCAAAAGCAAAUAUAACGCAGCUUCAGGGUGAAGUGGAGCACCAGCAUCUCAUCCGGAAGAACAUGGAGAAAGACUACACGUCCAAAAUUGAUGGGCUUAAGGAUCAAGUGGGGUAUUUUAAGCGUAAAUGCCAUGAAGUUGAGAAGCACUUGGCGGAUUUGCGGAAGAGGGAGGCAAUUGCCAAGGAAGAUCUCGUGCAGUGCAGAAAUGAAAAGAAGUACGAGAGAAUAAAGCAUGAGGAGAUUGUUCAUUCGCUACAGAGGAAGCUGGCAACGGUGGAGGAGAACUUCCGGACAGCGAGUAGUGACUACAAUAAUGACGUGAGUGAUCUCCAACGACAAUUGAGUGAGGUUGUGCAGUCAAUGACGGGUGUGGAGGAGGAGAAUACCCGGCUAUUUGCCCUCAAUGAGACACUGCAGCAGAAAUUGAAGCGUGUGAAGGAGCUCGAAGCGUCUCUCGAGGAGGAGAAGCAGAAGAAUGAAGCGGCCGCGAGGAGAAUAAAGGAACUUGAAUUUGAGGUCAGUGGCUAUGGGGAAUGGAAAGAGGUGUCUACGUCAGCGAUGGCACGACUUUCAAAGCAGGUGGAUCUUGAGAAGGAGAAUGAGCGCCUCAGGACACAUGGGAAGAGUCUCUACGAUGCCGUGGGGAAUAAAUUGUUGCUUGAGGAGCAAGUCAUCAAUCUCAAGAGUCGCCUUGAGAAGAGUGAGAAGAAUAACGUUGAUGCGAUUGAUUUGAAAAUCCAAAUGACGGAACUUGAAAAGGAGCUGAAUCAGUGGAAGGCAAUUGCUGUGGAUCACUGCGCACCGAAUUCUCCGGCCACGCCACAGAAUCUACGGCAGAAAAUUGAGGAGAUCCUCCACAAGGAUGUGGUGCUUGUGAGUGAGAGAAAUAAGAGUAACACAGAGCGGAAGAGUCUGGAGGUACAGAGUCACGAUUUGCGUACACAGAAUGAGUCAUUGCUGAAGAUUAAUGCGGAGCUUCAGAAUUCCGUGAAGAAUCGUCAGGGAAUUUGUCAGCGUUUGCAGAAGAGAAUGCUCCUGUUGGCCAAGGAGCGUGACUGCUAUAAACAAUUGAUUGAGAACUAUGAGAAGGAUUUGACUAUUUCCGGGCCCCAGGGAGCCGUGGGUGCAACACCGGAGAAUCAGCUGAGAUUGCGCGUGGAUAUGCUGGAGAAAACACUUGCGGGCUACAAAGAGAUGUGCACAAAUCUCGAGAAGGAUCUCAAUGCGGCCAAAGGAAACCCCGAGGCGGGUGGGACGACGUACGAGCACCUCCGGAAGGAAUUAACCGAAGCACAAAUGGACAAUGAACGCCUCCGGAGGCGCAAGGAUGAGUUGGAGCUGGAAUUGGAGCAUCGUUGCCUCAAGGGGGAUUUCAAUGCGGAUAAACUCAAAGUUGUUCACAUGUCCGUGAAUCCCGCAGCCACGGCAUAUGAGAAUCAUCUGCAGGAAGUGGAGAAACUUCAGGCGGAAAUUGAGCGGCUGAAGAGGAAAAUCCGGAAGCUUGAGGAGGAUCACGACACAAUGACAAUGCGUCUCAAUGAAUCCAACAACAUUACGAUGAAUAUGAAGGAGCUGAACACACUGCGCAGUCAAGUGGCCAGCCUCGAGUCAAAGAAUCAACAUCUAAAGGAUGUCUCCAAGUCCUCUCAUCAGGAAUUCCGGGAAGUUGUCUACAUGCUCCUUGGCUAUCGUAUUGAUCGCACAGGCAAUACGAAUUAUCGCAUCUCCAGUAUGUACGCGGAGAAUGAGGGGGAUUAUCUGAAUUUUCGCUUCAACGACGGCGUACUGGAUAUGUUGGAGACGGAAUACUCCAUUUCCCUGCAGGAUAUGAUGAGAACGCAUUUAGGGGCACAAAAUUCCCUCCCAGCCUUUCUCAGUGCCCUCACAUUGGAUCUCAUCAGUCGAACUACUGUUGCAGUCUAAGCGCAAAAAGCUCCAUCCAAACCACCUUCCCCACCAUCUCCUCAAAUUGAUUAUUCCCUCCUAUUAGCAUUCAUCUUCCACUUACCCCAUCGUACACAGAGAUGAUGAUUCCAACAACGCAGAGAGAGACUGCAGAAUGUAAUAUAAUUUGAAUUACACGAUCAAAUCACUUUAACAACAACAAAAA